UUUAUAAAUCUUAUAUUUUUAUUUAUUAUAAAAAAGAUGUUUCGCAAUUGUAUUGUAUCAAAAACUUCAUCUUUCAAACUUUUAUUCACAAAUGAAUUCUGUCAUCAAAGAUUUAUAAGGUAUUCUUUAAUGAGAAUAGCUUGUACACAUAAUUUAGCUAACAAGCAAGAAAUGUUAGUAAAAGAAUGUGUGCCACCAGUUAAUAAGUUUGUUUCAAGAACUCAUACAUGUGGCGAGUUAAAAAUUCAAAAUAUAGGAGAGAAUGUCCAACUCUGUGGUUGGUUGGAAUAUUCAAGAACCAAGAAAUUUUUAAUACUAAGAGAUUCUUAUGGUUCUACUCAGCUCAUUAUACCAGAUCACAGAAUCGACUUGCAAGAGAUGGCUAAGAAUCUGACCUUCGAAAGUGUAUUGAGCAUAGAAGGCAAGGUAUUGAAAAGACCAGAAGGUCAAGAGAAUAAGCAUAUGGGAACUGGAGAUAUUGAAGUAGAAGUAAAAUCCUUGAAAGUUUUAAACAUAGCAAAAUCAACUAUGCCAUUUAUCAUUAGAGAGUACAACAAGGCAAAAGAAGACACACAGUUGAAAUAUAGAUACAUAUCAUUGAGAUACCCUGAAUUACAAAAGAAUUUAAGAUUACGUUCAGAUGUAAUAAUGAAGAUAAGAGAAUACUUAAUUAGAGAGUGUAAUUUUGUAGAUAUUGAAACCCCAACGUUGUUUAAAAAUACUCCUGAAGGUGCACAAGAAUUUGUAGUUCCAACAAAAAUUCCAGGCCAAUUUUAUUCAUUAGUACAAAGUCCCCAGCAAUUUAAACAAUUGCUAAUGGUGGGAGGUUUUGAUAGAUACUUUCAAAUUGCAAGAUGUUACAGAGAUGAAAAACCUAGACAUGAUAGACAACCUGAAUUUACACAGCUGGAUAUAGAAAUGUCAUUUGUUGAUUGUGAAGGAAUAAUGGAAUUAGUAGAAAAUUUAUUAGCAUAUUUUUGGCCUGAAGAAUCAGGAGAAUUAACUGUACCUUUUAAGCGCAUGAAAUAUGAAGAUGUAAUGAAAUUAUAUGGUACAGAUCAACCAGAUUUAAGAAUACCACAACAACUUUGUAGGUUGACAGGAUUAAUUGAUCAUUCAGUAUUGGAACAGAAUUUAAAAAUGAAGCAAAAUGAAAACCUUGAAGUUUAUGCUCUAGUUUUUUCCCAAAAACAUAAUUUUUUUACCACAUCUAUCAAAGAUACUAUAUCUAAACUACAACACACUUAUUUUCCUUCUGUGAAAUUGAUCCAAACAAAGAUAACUAACAAAUCAUCAGCAGUAACAAAUAUUAUUGAAGGAAAUGUACAACAAAAAUUAAAUUUAAGAGAAGGAGAUGUUCUGUUUUUAGCUUGUGGAGAAAAGGUUCAUACGCAAUCAUUAUUGGGAAAAAUACGUCUUGAAUUUGCCAAUUUCUUAGAAAAUAAAAAUCAACAAAUCCGUACCAGUAACAAUGAAUUAUUAUGGAUCACUGAUUUUCCUUUGUUUUCAUUUAAUACCGAAACAAAUUCAUUGGAAACUAUGCACCAUCCAUUUACUCGGCCUCAUUCAGAUGAUUUGCAAUACCUUACGGAGAAUCCAUUGAAGGUUAGAGGAUUACAUUAUGAUUUGGUUAUGAAUGGUUUCGAAGUUGGUGGAGGAUCAAUACGAAUCCACGAAUCAAAAUUACAACAAAAAAUAUUUAAAAUGCUAAAUAUAGACGAAUCACCUUUAACGCACAUAUCUGAUGCUUUAGAAUCUGGUGCACCACCUCAUGGUGGGAUUGCUAUAGGAUUGGAUCGUUUAAUAUGUUUGCUCUGUAACACAAAAAAUAUAAAGAACGUGAUAGCAUUUCCAAAAACUAUGGCGGGACGAGAUUUAAUGUCAGGAGCACCAGUCCCUAUUUCUGAAGAAACAAAAAAGUUGUAUCAUAUACAGACUGUAGAAAUAAAACAAUAAUCAAGAAGUA